CGCUGGUGUGACGUCACUUCCGAGGCGGAAGGAUGAAGCUGACCAGCCAUGGUCUCGGCGGCUGCCAGGAAGACUAAACUGAAGAUGUGGAAUAUGGAUUUUAUAACACCAGCAGCCGCUCUGCCUGUUUUGUUUGGGUGUGUGGGCAUCUUCAGUCUCUUCAAGCUGCUGCAGUGCAUGCGCACAAAGACGCAUCUCCUGAAUGCAGUGGUGGUCAUCACAGGAGCCAAUUCCGGCCUGGGGCGAGAAUGUGCCAAAGUCUUCUAUGAUGCAGGUGCUAAGCUGGUGCUUUGUGGCCGGAACAAGGAGAGCCUAGAAGAGCUCAUCACAGAACUCACUGCUUCUCAGGCCAAUAAGGUGCAGACACAUAGGCCUUAUGUAGUGGCCUUUGACCUGACAGACUUUGGGGCCAUAGCUGCAGCAGCAAGCAAGAUCCUGCAGUGCUUUGGCCAUGUGGAUGUCCUCAUCAACAACGCAGGCAUCAGCUACCGUGGCACCAUUGUGGACACCACCAUUGAUGUGGACAAGACAGUCAUGGAGACAAACUACUUUGGUCCAGUUGCCCUUACAAAAGUUUUCUGUCUGCAGGUGGAGACUGGAGGCUUGAACCCAGCACUCCUGCCCGACAUGAUCACCAGGAGACAAGGACACAUUGUGGCCAUCAGCAGCAUCCAGGGAAGAAUCAGCAUUCCUUUCCGGUCAGCAUAUGCAGCCUCUAAGCAUGCAACCCAGGCGUUCUUUGACUGUCUGCGUGCAGAGAUGGAACAGUAUGAAAUCUUGGUGACGGUGAUCAGCCCUGGCUAUAUCCACACCAACCUCUCCCUCAAUGCCCUCACUGCUAAUGGGUCAAGAUAUGGAGUUAUGGACACAACCACAGCCCAGGGCCGAAGCCCUGUGGAAGUGGCCCAAGAUGUUCUCAAUGCUGUGAGAAGGAAGAAGAAAGAUGUGAUCCUGGCCGACCUCUUGCCUUCCUUGGCCAUUUACCUGCGAACUCUAGCUCCUGGGCUUUUCUUUAGACUCAUGGCCUCUAGGGCCAGGAAGGAGCAAAAAUCGAAGAACUCCUAGUACUGGCAGAGCUGCCGGGGCAGGCGGCGCCUAGUGGGGCUGCCUUACGGGAUGGCUGCAUUUGCUGAGACAUUACUGGACACUUGUGUUGUCUCAGGGGUGGGAAAAUGAGAUGCACUUUCUCCUGAAGAAAUGGAACCAAAAAGGCAAUCAAAUUCUCAGAGGUGAGGAAUAAUGAUGGAGCUGGGUUUUAACUCGAAGAUGAUGACGAUGAAAUAAAUGAAGGUAACAUUAA